AUGAGCGGCGACGCGACCAUUGAAGAACAAUUUGGGUUCGAGAUGGACCUUGACCUGGAGGAGGAUGUUCAAGCCGAGCUCGAAGACUUUAUACUUCUUGCAAGACUAGGAGUUGAAGACGAGGCUCUUCACCUGGCACGUACAGUUCUAUGGCACCAUGUACACCACUUUCCGGUCUUCGCAGAAGUGGCGGGUUUCUUGCUGGAGCACAGAUUGAACGACCGACUCCAAGAAUUGAUCUCUGAAAUGAAUGAAAAAGACAUUCACUUUCAGCUUGAAGAACAGCAAGCAUUCAGCCUUUUGAUCUACGAGCUCUCCUCGCAGACACUAGAUCGCAUUGCUUUGUUUCGUAGGUUGAUUGAUGUGGAUUAUGGAAUAGAUCUCAGCCGAUAUAGGGAGGAGGUUGCUGCAUCGUCUCAUCAGCCAAUAUCGCCUAUAGAGGCACAUUCUGCCGAGCUUAGAUUCAGACAUGGCGAUCUAUCUAUGACGCCCUUCGUCGCGAUUUACAGAGAUAUCGCGACUCACCUCGAACGCCUGAUCAAAUAUGGCUUGCACUGGGAAGCGGCACAGAUCUUUGGACUCAUCGUCGCCCAAUCUGGCUAUGACGCAUGUCCUGUGAUCCGUGCUAAAUAUAAGGAGCUAAUGCUUGCGACUGAUGAAGCCAAGUUGAUAGCUGACAUACAGAGUGACCAAGCAGAUUACGAGGUUGGAAUCGAGGAUACCCUAGCAACAGUGUCAGCGAAAUCCACCUACGCCGAGCAUGUCAUGAGUUGUAAAGCCUGCAGCCAGGAGGGACAGGAUCAGGUUCUGAAGGACAGUUUUACGAUACUUUUGCGAUGGUUGUUUCGCCGUCUGCCAAACACACAACCACGAGGAAAGCUAUUCGACACCCAAACGAGACUUGGGACGUUUCUCCUCCGGAAUAGUGUCGACCAGUCACAGCCUACUCGUUAUGGUUCGUCCCGGGCCACAGGAAGGGGGACAGAAUUGGCAUGUCGGGAUAGCGGAACAUUGCUCACUCCUAAGCCUGACAUCACCGAAGAUGCCACAGAGAUCCAUAGCACGAAGAAUAGCCUAGACGUGGAGAAGAGUUCACCGCAGCUCGAAGAGAUGGACGACACAAUUGAACAAGAUUUCUUCGAACGACUGUCGUCCCCGCUAGGAAAUUGGCCACUCAACUCAUUCUAUGGCUCUAGCGACAACUCUUGGCCCUACUAUGACGUUCGUUUCGUUCCCACGCAAGAAAGGCACACACCGAGUCCACCUGCUCGACGAGGCAACCAGUACGACAGUACAAUCGUCGAUGACGAUUCUCGCGUCUUCGUGGGCAACAUUUUGGCCAAUUCAUACGUGGAACGAGAGCAUGGUUACUCUGGUGCUGCAACCGGGGUAUCUGCUCGUAGGAGUGCCUACUCAAAUUAUAAGCAGAGGAGUACUUUCUUUGGUCGUCCUCCUACACCCACUGGAAAGUCUUCUGAAUAG